AUGUUGUCGUCGAUGGACAUGUCUGUGCCUCAUUCCUCGCAGCUGCUUGCAGACACCUGGGUACUGCUGAAGUGCUGUGGCUAUUGGCAUGCUUUUUCUGCAGUUGCCAAUGCGAACGUCUCUGCACAGUCCCUUUUCCUGCCAACCGCAUGCACUUCAAACCGGACUUCUUCAGUGCUGGUUCUGCACCUGAUUCGUCAUGCAGAGGGUUUCCACAAUGUGGCUGGACGUAAAAGUCGAGAAAAUUAUCUCAGUGAGAAAUAUGCUGAUGCACAUCUGACAAAGAGGGGCUGGCAGCAGAUAUCAGGCCUUCGACAACACAUCGCCAGCUUGUCAUCCCAUUUUCAUCUAGACCUCAUCGUCAUUUCCCCGAUGACAAGGACGCUGGAGACAGCUGUGGGGUUGUUCGGGGGCGACUGUGUGAACAGCUCCUGUGGGCAGAAGUUACUUAUGCUAGAGCAAUCUGACAUUGAGGGUGUAAGAGUGGCAACGAAAUCCAUUUCUUGUCAAAGCCCAGUUCCAUUUAUCGCCCAUGAGGCGUGCCGAGAGCAGACCGGCCGUCACCCCUGUGACCGCAGGCGGACACUGUCAUACUACCAGCGCCAGUUCCCUGCUGUCGACUUCUCAUUGGUGGCAUCCGAGAACGACACACUGUACGAGGCAACGUCCAGGGAGCCAAUUCAGUCGGUGGUCAAGCGAGCCUGGAGUUUCCUAAAUUGGGUGCAAAGCAGGCCGGAGCACUUUAUCGCGGUGGUCACCCAUUCCGCAUUUCUUCGCACCCUGACACGAUGCUUCGAAGAUGACCUACGUGCAAGAUAUGGAACGACAGCACAGAGUGAGGUGCUGGCGGAGUUUGGAAAUUGCGAAAUGAGGAGCAUUCAAAUGAUUGAUUGCGGGCCAAACGGGAUUGAGGGGCGGCGCUGCCCUUAUUCGCACCCGGGUGGCGAGGCCCUGCUUGGAUCCAUGUAG